AACUGAAACGGACUACAAUUCCCGAGCAGUUAUUUAACGUUGUUAUAGUCAUCGUUUUACUCGAUGCGACAAAAUGCAUCGCUGCCUCCUGAGAGGUUGUUAAACUCCCCGAUAAAUACCCCACAAAUAAUAAUAAUUGAAAUAUGGUCUGACAACAUGGAGGUACUCGAGACGAUCGUGAUUCAGAGUACUGAAGUGGAGGGAAAGGAAACGGUCGUGUCCAGUGUGGACACCGAUAAAACCAAAGCAGAGUUUAUAUGGACCCUGCAGGCCACCUGGCACCUUGUCAACACCCGGCUUGAGAUGGAUCAGGCUUUCGACCAGCCGGUGUGCAAGAAAAAGAAACUUUGGGAGAUGGUGGCAGAGAAAGUGAACGCCAAACUGAGGGAGUCAGAGGUCACCGACGUCACCGUGAAGGCGUACGAGUGUGACCUCAAGUGGAGGAACAUGCUGGCCACGUACAGGAAGAACAGUGAGAGGGCCAAGAGGCUCGGGGCGGCCAGCGUCCACUGGGAGUUCUUCAAGGCCAUGCACGAGGUCCUGGGUAAGAGCCGGGAGGAGAUCGAAGCCCAGAGGAGGGCGAAGCUCAGCGGGACGAGAGUGGGCAAGGCCAUGGCGAGCAAGAGGUUUACCCCCAUCCUCCCCACGCCGCCCACGACGGCCGCCCCUUGCUCUGCCCGGCCUCCACAGGACGUCCUCCAGCUGUACAUGGAGCUGCAGGAGAGGAAGAUGAACAUGUGGGCCCAGCAGAAAGCCCUGGAGGAGAGGAAGAUAGAGGCCAUUAACAACCUGGCCCAGGCCAUUUCCAGCCUGGCUCAGAAGAACACUACACAGAUAUCAAAGGAUGGACAUUAGGGUCCUUUUGCUCUUACCAAAAACUUUCAUGGUGCUGCAUAAGGAAAAAACUGUUGGAGUAUGUUUGCAAAUAUGUUUUUAGAUUUGGUCUUGUUGGCACAUUUUUACUGUUACAGUUUUUUUUGUCUGAAUUCUGUAGAGCUGCAUAAAGAGAGACUUCAUGUUACAUAAAAUGGGACAUAUUGGACACAGACUCUUGUUUAUACUCCGAGGAGACGACUUGCUUCUUCAGAGUCGUCCUUUUCUGUUGAUGAAUGGAUUUAAUUAUCUAUUAUUUUUAUACCAAGACAGACUUUGUGACAGAAUUAUGGUUGAUUGUAGAGUAAGAAAACCUAAUUUUACUCAUUAAUAAGAUUAAUAUAGGCAUCUUACCACCAAUUAUUGAUGUCAAAUGUCAACAAUCUAUACAAGAGUGUUAUUUUUUGAAUUGGCCCUUUAAGCAAGCUAAUGGAAAUGACAUGAUUACAACCAAUUGUCAAGAAAUGUCUUAAACUUCACAUUUAUAUAUUUAUAACCUAUUAUUAUUAUUAUUAUUCUUAAGAGGUAUCAAAAACAGUAUUCAUAGACACACUUUGAUGUAUUAAUAACAUACACUUUUGUUUUGUUGCCACACAUUAUUGUUCCAAUAAACAAUCCUGCAAUAAA